AUGACAAUCACCAACAUCUCCCGCAUCGCCUCUGAGCGUCGGUUGCCUACGCCUCCACCCGAUGGCCAGACGCGCUCGCAACCACGGAUAUACCCUGCCCCAGACUUUCCUUUCAAAGGAUACCAACCUCCGCAGCCGGAUGGCUGGCGACAAAGUGCUGCUACUCCGGACGAGAGUGCGAUCGUAAUAGACAAUGGCGCCCAUACGAUCAAAGCCGGCUUCUCCUUCGACAAGAACCCGCGACUUCUCGUGCCCCCGAUCGUGGCCAAGUUCAAAGACCGAAAAUACAACAAAUACUGUGCCUAUGUGGGCUACGAUGCAUAUGCCGACGCGACGACGCGUGGUCAGAUCAGGACCGCCUUCGAGCAGAAUACCAGCAUCCCGACGAACUGGGACAUUAUGGAGGGGAUCUACGAUUAUAUCUUUCUGAAGCUCGGGGUCGAUAACCAGGGCAGCGUGGGUCGACCGUUGGUGGUCACGGAGGCCGUCGCGAACUUGCCUCACAGCAGGAGGAUGAUGAAUGAGAUGCUCUUCGAGUGCUACGGUGCUCCCAGUGUCACCAUGGGCAUUGACAGUUUGUUCUCCUAUCGCUACAACAAGGGUACAUCCGGGCUGAUUGUAUCCUCCUCCCACACGUCGACGCAUGUGAUUCCUGUAUUGGAUCGGAAACCUCAGAUGCAAUCAUGUACCCGCCUGAAUUGGGGAGGCUCUCAAGCUCAGGAAUUUCUAUUGAAGCUUCUGCGCCUCAAGUAUCCCACGUUUCCUGGCAAGAUGACCAUGGAACAGAUGGAAACCUACAUCAAGCAGUACUGCUAUUUGUCAAGGGAUUUUUCGUCGGAAAUCGCCACCUAUCUGGACUGGACCGGGCUCGAAGAGGAACGAGAUAUCAUCAUCCAAUACCCUUACACCGAACAGGUGGUGGUUGAAAAAUCGGCCGAAGAACUCGCCAGGAUAGCGGAGCGGAAGAAAGAAUCCGGACGUCGUCUGCAAGAGCAAGCUGCAAAAAUGCGGCUGGAGAAACUGAUCAGAAAAGAGCAGGAGCUCGAAUACUAUCAAUCAGUGCAUAAACAAUACCUGGAAGCAACUACCAAGAAAGAGCAACGGCGAAUCUUGGACGAUGAAGAGCUCAAGGAUGAAGCCGCGCUAGAGCGGGUCAUCCGGGACCUGGACAAGUCGAUCCGAAAAUCGCGGAACAAAGAACUUGGGGCACCCGAAGAGGAAGAGAAGCUCGAAGAACAGCUGAACAAGUUUCCCCUGCUUGACGUGCCGGAUGAUCAAUUGGACGAGGAGGGGCUCAAGGAAAAGCGGCACCAAAGACUGAUGAAGUCUGGAGUCGAGGCCAGGAUCCGAGCCAAGGAAGAGAAGGAGCGGGAAAGAGCGCGUGCCGCCGAGGAAGAGAGACGCGACAUUGAGAUGCGAGAGACUCGGUUUGACGAAUGGCUCGCGGGUCGGCGACGGCAACGAGACCAGCUCCUGGCUAAGAUCAAGGAGCAAGCUAGGCAGAAGGCGGAUUCGGGAAACCGCAAAGGCAUUGCUUCGCAGAUGCGCAUGAAGACCCUGGCCAACCUGGCCGCAGAUGGACCGAAAAGAAAGCGCAGAGGUGGAGGAGAGUACGACGAUGACUUUGGUGCCAACGACGAGGACUGGGGAGUUUAUCGGACGGUGGCUACCGAGCCAGCAAGUGACGACGAGGAACCCGAAGAAGAUCCCUUGGAGGCGUUGAAGGCCGUGGAGAGUGAGCUUCUAGAGUUCGAUCCCGAGUUCUCGGAGAAGGACACGAUUGAAGCCCAGAAUGACUGGACCAAGAGUGUAUUGCACGCAUUCCUUCGGGGAGCAAGGCCUGCCGACCCCGACAGUCAACGGGAAGCAAACCAAAUCCACCUGAACGUUGAACGGAUCCGCGUGCCCGAGGUUGUAUUUCAGCCAGGAAUUGCCGGUGUCGACCAGGCCGGGCUGGUGGAAAUCAUCGAAGGGAUCGUCAUGGGCCGGUUUUCCGACCGUACUCAACAACAAGCGCUGCUCACGGAUGUCUUUUUGACCGGUGGCAAUACCAUGUUCCCGACCUUUGAGGAACGCCUCAAGACAGAGCUGGUCGCUGCCAUGCCGGAUGAUUUCACAAUCAAUGUGCGCAAGGCCAGUGACCCCAUCCUUGACGCUUGGAAAGGCGCGGCCAGCUGGUGGAACUCCCCCGAUACCCCUAGUCGAGAAGCUGCCACUGUUACCCGCGCAGAGUAUCUGGAGAAAGGAAGCGAUUACAUCAAGGAACAUGAGCUGGGCAACUUUGUCUCGCCGCUCUAUGGAUUUGGAGGAUGA